UCCUCAGGAGGGCAGAACUUGUAGUCAGUAUCUGAAUGAAAAAUUGUGUGAAUUAAUGUACCUUAAUGUAUGUAGAGUUGCAGGGUUUGUACUAUAUAGGUCAUAUGCAGUGAAUUUAUUAACAGAAGAGUUAAUGCCCGGUUAUGGGUAUGGUUGACCCACACAAUAAGGAAGUGUUUGUUUUUGUUUGGAGCGAGUUAAGAAGGCAAGGGAGGAAAAGAUGAUGCACGUGGAAGUGGGCCUGAUAGCAGCAGUUGGAGCAGUUUCAAGGAAGGUAGGUAUGGCGAUUCUUUCAAGUACAAGUCAAAUCACACUGUAUAUGUUUAGGUUUUGGGCCUUUCUCAGUUCUUUCAAUAAGUAAGACAAGUUUAUCACAUAGUUAUGUCCAGCCCCACUUUUCCAUAUCCCUUUUGGGGUUCGUAUUGAAUUAUUUGGCUAUCGAUAUCACUUUUUUAAGGUGGGGAUGGGGUAUGAGUGGCGUAAGAAGCAAAUGCAGCUGAAUAAGAAGUGAUGCCUGAGGUGGGCCUGUUCUCUUUUUGGUGCGGCUUUCUGUGGUAAUAUCCUUACAGCAUGUUGAAGAAUCUUGAAAAGGAGGGUCCACUUCUUUCAACUUGGAACAUGCUAACUACAUAAAUGAUAGGGCUUACGAAACAUUAAGAAGAGGAGGAGAAGAAAAACAACCUAUUAGACUUUGAAAGAGUUUCAAUUAAUCUGGCUUACAGCUUGACCUAUAUCCCAAUGGUCUUGAUUCAGGAUACGCUUUCAGGGAAUUGCAGUGGACUUGAUUAGCUCAUGGUUGUGCAGUGUGUGCAGAUCUUAGAUUUGUAUGUCUACUGUAAAGCUUGAAUUUUAAAAGAAAGGAUGUUUUGGGUUCUUAGGGCAUCUGGGUAUGAUGCAGAAUUUUAAGGCCUUGGUGAAAUAUCUCCAAUAUCCUGCUACAAUGAGUCUGGCAUGUUUGUCUUGUCAAAAUGUAACGAGAACACAUUCUGAUCUAAGGAGUUACUCAAUUCACUCUCAAGAUGAGGAAAAGUGGGGAGGAUCUGCAGUUAGUUGCUGGUCUUCUAACAAGAGGAACCCACAACAUCAUGAUCAUCCUGCUGCAGCAGAAAUUACAGUGAAAACAAGAGUGGUUCCAGUGCCGCCAUCAUCUUCUGUUGCCAGUAGAAAUUCUACAAACCAAGAUCCUGUUAGCCCCAGAUUAGUAAGGUGUCAUGCUGUUCGUAGAGACAUCUUCAGGGACUGGCAUUUUGAGGACUUCCCAGAGGGAAACAGGCUCUGUUUAACCUAGAGUUGUAUGCAUCAAAACCAGAACACUAAGCUUGGGUUAUAGAAUAUAGAUGCAAUCUCUUAUGGUCAAUGUUUGUCUAUGUUCUGGUCUUUAGGUUUGAUUUUGAAUUUCCAUGCCUAUAUUAUGGUAUUUUGCAUUGUACAUUAAAAUACCUAAAUGAACAAGCAACUUAAAAGUCAAAAUGUGCAGAAUUACCAAUUUAGGCAUUCAAUCUUGAAUUCUCUUUGAUGAUGAACAUAUAGUUGUACUUUUUACAUUGAGAGUAAAUGAAAAUAGUUUUCCUAAGUUCUAA